AUGGCGAAGGAGGCAAAUCUCGCGAGCAUCCUCGAGCAGAUGAGCCGGUUGAUGGAGGCGCAAAGCAUCGCACAGAAGGCGCUUCUGGAACAGCUCGCGAAGCCGAAGGACAACGAGUUCCUCAUGGAGACACUGUCGAAAACCCUCCCAGAGUUCUCAUACGACCCGCAGAACGGAGUGGUUUUUGAUAAAUGGUACGCACGACACCAGGAAGUGUUCACCAAAGGAGGCGCCGCUUUGGACGAAGUGGAUCGAGUGAGAUUGCUCCUACAAAAAUUGAAUUCGGUGGACCACGACCGCUAUGUCAACUUCAUUCUGCCGAGGACCCCAAAGCAAGUUUCAUUUGCGGACACAGUGAAGACACUGACGGAAAUGUUUGGGCACCAGACGUCCGUGUUUUUCCGUCGAUUCCAGUGUUUACAAACACGCAAGCGAGACUGCGACGACUUUGUCACCUACGCCAGCACGGUGAACAAAGCCUGUGAAGAUUUCAGCAUUAACACCAUCACAGCGGAUCAAUUUAAGUGCUUGAUCUUCGUCGCUGGGCUGCACUCGGAGAAAAACAAGGACAUUCGAACGAGGCUACUGGUGAAGAUGGAAGGUGAGACGGCAGCGGAUCCGAUGACUCUCAAGAAGUUGCUGCUGGAGUGUCAGCAAAUGGAUAAUCUCAAACACGACACAGCUGUUAUUGAGAAUCCAAAAGCUGUCACGUUCGCUGUCUGUGAUGCAGUGCAGAACAACGAAGUGCGAAGCAAUCGGACUCCCAACUGGACAUCGGAGAAGAAGAAGCAGACAACAUCCAAGACCCCGCGGCGACCGUGUUGGCAGUGCGGGCAAAUGCACUUUGUUGCUGACUGCUCGUAUACAACGCACACCUGCCGCAGCUGCGGAAACGUGGGGCAUAAGGAAGGAUAUUGUGGGUGCUUCUCCAAACCGGGAGAAUCCGCAGCUCCUGUAUCGAGACCGGUACCACCCAGCGGAAAAAGGAAGAAAGCUAAGCCCAAGAAGAAAGCCGAUCAACAGUUCCAUUCAAAGAGUGUCUAUGCAGUAAACACGCUCAACACAGCCGGUGUCAUCGAGAGACGAAAGUUCAUCGAUAUUAUCAUCAACGGUUUCCCGAUUGAGCUCCAAAUCGAUUGCGGGUCGGAUUAUACGAUUGUUUCGGAGGAGUCCCUACCACAGCUAGGACAUCCGGAGAAGCGGUCAACGGAUCUGAAGGUGUCUACAGCGUCAGGCAAACCGCUACCACUGGAUUCGGAGUUCGAGUGUCAAGUCACAUUAAAUGGAACGACCAAGCGAUCGGUGUGCUACGUGACGCCAGUGAAAGGAUUCAACGUGUUCGGCAGUGACCUGAUGGAUCUUUUUGGACUAUACGACGUUCCAAUCAACGCGUUCUGCAAGCUGGUCUCAAGCGAAGCUGAAUCGGAGGCGUAUGCGAAUGCUUUGAAGGCUAAAUUUCCAGCGGUGUUCCAGGAAGGGCUCGGUCUGUGCACCAAGACGAAGGUUCAUCUGUUUCUGCAACCUGGUGUUUCGCCGGUUUUCAAGCCCAGAAGGCCGGUGCCGUUUCACUCCCAACGGCUGGUUGAGAAGGAGCUACAGCGACUACAGAACCUUGGCGUUAUCGAACCGGUAGAAUUUUCGAAUUGGGCUGCACCCAUUGUUGCAGUUCGAAAGGCACAGCGAGAUGCCGGAGGCGAUCCAGUUAUCCGCGUUUGCGCGGAUUAUUCUACCGGGCUUAAUGCAGCACUUGAGGCAAACAAAUUUCCGUUACCGACACCCGACGAUAUUUUUGCGAAACUGGCCGGCAGCCAGUACUUCAGUGUGCUGGAUUUAUCAGAUGCCUAUCUUCAGAUGGAGGUCGACGAGGAUUCACAAAAGCUGCUGACGGUGAAUACCCACAAAGGACUCUUCAAGUAUAAGCGGCUCCCUCCGGGAGUGAAGUCGGCUCCUGGAGCCUUUCAGAAGGUGAUCGACAACAUGAUCGGUGACCUGGAAGGAACGGAAUCUCUGCUCGACGACGUUAUCGUUUUCGGAAAAACUCGAGCCGAGCACGAUCGGAAUCUCAACAACACUCUUCAACGGAUUCAGGAGUUCGGAUUUCGACUGAAGCUCGAGAAGUGCAAGUUUGGCGUGACUCAGGCAGGGUUGCAAAAAUAUGAAAGCAUGCAACGAAAGUGA